ACAAAUAUUUUUAUCUGUCACUCACUUGGUGGUCACUUUUCGUUUUGUCAUUUUCUACACGUCUGCUAUUUAUUGUCUUCUCGCCGACAAACUAUUUUACUGAUUCUAUACAUUUGUGAAUUUUUAAAUAAAGCUGCGCAUAAUGAUUAUAUCUACGUGGUUAAAUCGAUUUCAUUCAUCGUUUAUUGUUAUUAGUUCCUUUGUGAUAUAUGCCCAAUCUGAUGUGCCGAGACCCCGCGGUGUAUCUCUAAGUAAAGCAUCACUAUAUUCGCCGACAAAGGAUUUCACAUGUUUUGAUGGAACGGUCACAAUACCAUUUAGUUACGUGAAUGACGAUUAUUGCGACUGCUUCGAUGGCAGCGAUGAACCAGGUACGUCUGCCUGUUUAAAUGGUAUAUUUCACUGUACAAACGCCGGUCAUCGGCCUCAAAAUAUUCCUAGUUCGAGAGUCAACGAUGGGGUGUGUGACUGCUGCGAUGGUACUGACGAAUAUGCUGUACCUGACACUUGUACUAACAUUUGUGAUGAAUUGGGCAAAGAAGCUCGAGCUGAAGCCCAAAGGCUAGCUGACCUACACAAAGCUGGGAGUCAUUUACGAGUAGAACUAAUUGAAAGAGGCAAUAAAAAAAGACAUGAAAUGGCAGAACAGUUGUCUCAGCUACAAAAAGAUAAAGAAGAAGCCGAAAAAAUCAGGGCUGAAAAGCAAGCUCUUAAAGAUGAAAUAGAAGCCAAAGAAAAUGAGGCUCUUAAAGUUUAUAGAGAAGCAGAAGAACAAGAAAAACAAAGGCAGGCUGAAGAAGAAAAGCAGAAGAAUAUGAAGGAAGCACUGGAGCAUUUUGAUAGGUUUGAUUCUAAUAAGGAUGAUGUGUUGUCUAUUGAUGAAAUAAAAGUAGUAAAUGUUUUUGAUAAAGAUAAGAAUAGUCAAGUUGAUGAAGAAGAAAUAAAAUAUUUCUUUGGUGAAAAUGAAACUGUAGAUAAGGACACAUUUGUUACUGUUACCUGGCCAUUGGUAAAACCUCUUUUGAUGAUGGAACAGGGAAUGUUUCGUCCUGCCCAAAGUGAAGAGCACAUUGAUCCAGAUGUUGAAGGAGAACUGGAUGAUGAACCACAGGAUCUUGAUACAGAGGAUGUAGGAGCAGAUUUAGAUGAGGAUCAUUCUGACAUAGAGCCGGUCUCACCUAGAGAAUUUGAUGACAGUGACAUAGCUUCGCGUGAUGCUACUAAUGUGUAUGAUGAUGAAACCCAGAGAUUAGUCAAUGAAGCCACAGAUGCUCGUAAACAUUUCACUGAAGCUGAGAGAACAGUACGAGAAAUAGAGUCAAACAUUAAAAAUAUUCAACAAAAUCUUGAGAAAGAUUAUGGCUUGCAGCAAGAAUUUGCCACAUUAGAUGGCCAAUGCUUCGAAUAUGAGGACAAAGAAUAUGUAUACAAACUAUGUAUGUUCCAAAAAGUGACACAGAAAUCAAAGAAUAGUGGUUCUGAGGUUGGACUUGGUAACUGGGGAGAAUGGGCUGGAGAGGAUAGGGAGAACAAAUACGCUGUUAUGAGAUAUACUAAUGGCAUCGCCUGCUGGAAUGGACCCAGUAGGAUGACCACAGUCAACAUUAAUUGUGGGUUGGAAACCAAACUGUUAUCGGUUUCAGAACCAUACCGUUGUGAAUACAAAAUAGAACUGAGCACACCUGCCGCAUGUGAUGGUUCAAAUGUUAACCAAGAGCAUUCCUCUCACGAUGAACUGUGAAGGCCAGAACCAUUUUUACACCUACAUGUGAUGUGUUAUCAUAUAAGUUAUAAGUAUAACAGGAGAUUAGAGUUUUUGAUGUUAAUAGUCACAACACCUAUGUACCAUCAUUAUUUAAAAAUAAUAUUUAAGUAUAAAAAAUAAACUUUUGUACUUGUCAUAUUUCACAGUAAUUUUAAAUAAAACCCAAGUUGCCUUGGUGGGGGGAUUUGAAGUUUAAUUUAUCAGAUUAUAGUAGGCACUUGCUGUGACCGACAGGCAAACAUACAUCAUGUGUAAUUUUUGUAUUUUUUUCUUUUUGAGGAUCCCUUUGUAGUGUAAGUAGAAAUUGUCUGUAUUAUUAAUUAAAUGGGGUGCAAAUAUUUUCCUAUUAAUUUAUGAUGUUACAUUUUGCUUUAUUUUUUGUAUCCAUCAAUGUUUUGUAGUUAAGACUGAAAACCAAGAGCAAUGCAACUUUAUUUUCAAACAUUCCCUGUAAUGAAGGCUGUUUUAAGUUCCAAUAAAGAAUAGAAAAUGAACAAAACAUUGUUAGAGAUUAAAGUUUGUUUUAAAUUAA